ACACACAGCAAUGAAAAGUGAGCACAGCAGCAGCAGUAGUACUGUGAGGUUACACAAUACACAUGAAACAACGUACCGUGAUUUCAAGACGGCCGAAGAAUGCCCCAUUCGUCGAGGGGGUGGGAGGCGUGACGGGUUUGUCCUGUUUUUCCUCCUGCUGUUGAGAUGACAUGAGAGCAGAGCCCUGACUAAAGUGGAGCAGAAAGGGAGGGAGGUGUCCACCAUCCUCUGGCCAUCAUCAUUCUCCACAGCGGCGCCAUCGUAUCCCAGGGCUUUGUUUUGAGGCCAAGCAUCUGUGUCAAAAGAGAUUACAUUAGCAGUGUGGAAUGAGACACAGAGUUGCUUGUAAGUUAGAAUAAUGUUGCCGGGCGUGGGUGUAUUUGGAACCGGGCAGACGGUACGUGCCUUAGUGCCAUUGCUCCAAAAGGAAGGCUUCCCUGUUCAGGCUGUUUGGGGCCUUUUUCUCUCAUUUUCAAAGGUAUGUGAAGCACGUGUUUAUGGAGGCUCGCUGCUCAGCCAAUCAUAUGGAUGGGCAUGGGAGGAGCUGAUGGGGGGAGGUGGCCUGCAUACAGUUGGCUCCUGCAUCAUUGACCUCCUGAGCCACCUCACGGGACGUCGGGCUGUGCGAGUGCAUGGAAUGCUCCGGACUUUCGUACGUCAAGGUGGCCCAGUGGGAGGGAUUCGUUCUGUGACUGCAGAUGACUACGCUUGCUUUCAGCUGCUGAUGAAUGGAGGCGUGGUUUGCAGCGUGACAUUAAACUUCAAUCUACCUGGCACAGAUGUGCAUGAGAUC